GCGCGAAAUUUCAAAAGUUGUUGGAACAACAGCAGCAGCUCGUCGGAGAGAAAGAAAGCUAAGGAUGCAAGUGAUCUGCUGAAAUUUGUAAAGUUAACCAAACUCCUAGUCAAACAGAUGAACAGGACUUAACUCGCUAUUUGUGAUUACAAAGGACUUUUUUAAACUUAAAGCGAAAUGGAUGUCGCCACAUAUUUACAGUGUUUUGAAAGCAGUUUGAGCUCCUACACGGGAGACGACCCUCUGGAUCCAUGGGACAAGUUUGUGGAGUAUCUGGAGCAAAGAUUACCUGCAGACAGCAGCAGCGGGAUGUCAGUGGUGUUCGACAGUCUCGUGCAGAGGUUUUUGAACGUCGAGCGAUACGCAAAUGACAUCAGAUAUGUGAACUACUGCAUCAAAUGUGCGAGUUAUUACUCCGACCCCAUAGCGAUGUACAGUCACGUCUUCAGUCGGGGCAUCGGCACCAGGACUGCUGCGCUUUAUGUGGCCUGGGCACAGCAGUUUGAACAGAGAGGCAUGAAUGAUCAGGCUGACGCUGUGUACCAGAAAGCCGUGGAGAACCAAGCCCAGCCAGCAGACACUGUUCUCCAUGAAUACAGGCAGUUUCAAACAAGAACCAGAAGCCAGGCACCAGGAUCAGCAGGAGGUCGAAAUCCGUUGCAGAACUCCCAUUUAACCAAUCAGAUGUCAUCCCACAGAGAGCCAGCCAGUCAGAGCAAGACCUCUGUGGAUUGUCUGUCCAAACCACCUGCAGUUCAAACAGCCAUAAUAGUGUCCCGCUCUGAGACUUCAGGGGCGAUUCGCUCUGGUCAAAGCUCCAGCGUCCAGACUGUGUCGGAGUACAUGACGGACGAACUCGUCUGUGAAGGAUCGGAGUUCUGCUUUGAGGAGGUCAGAGCAGAGAAAUACUUCCGUAAGCUCCGGGAGACGCAGGAAAAGAUGGACAGUGAAAACCUGGAGAAGUUGCUGAGGGAGCAGGAGGAGGGCAUCCAGCGCAUUAAAUCCAUGCUGGAGGAGGCUCACCACAGUCUGGAAGCUCGUGGAGGUUUAACCAGCCAACCAGCAUCACAGAGACUGCCUGCUGUAGAAACAGCCGCCAGUCUGAACCCUGAUCCUACCCAGCAGCCCUUUGGGCGCCCUCGGCCCUCAAACCGUCUGAGCAGCAGACGCUCUCUUGGCUUGAGAUUACACACCGAGCCAGCGUUCAUCCAAGAGGCCACGGCCGUCCCUGAACCUCCUCCUCCUCCUCUGCAGAACCACACCAGGCCUGAUGACAGGAACACUCUGAGCUCAGAGGUAUCCCAUCAUCCCUCUGUCCUGGCUGGUCAUUUACCAAUCUCAGCAGCGACCCCAGUGUCCGCAGACCCAGCGUCUCUCGUCCAGGCGGUUCAGCCUCGGUCAGUUCAGCAGCCUGUGAGCUUUGAGCCGAUGAACCUGUCAUCGCUCCACAGACCUGCCUGUGCCUCUGCUGUCAACACGGAUGUUUUCUGUCAGGACGGUCGACCCCAGGAGCACAGCACCACACAUCAGGAUGUCAGUCAGUUAGCAGAGCCUGAGGAGAAACUCAAUGUGUCACAGGGGGGCACUGUUAACCUGUCUCACAUCACUCCUAACAAUUCACUGGGCUAUGUUCAGGCCACACCAUCAAGGGUGCUGCCGUCACCCACGGUCAACACACGGGAAGCACUGGACGUUAUCAUGGACAUGUUCCAGGCUCCGACUCUCUUAGAGGAUCCGUUCAGCAGCACGUCAGCGCUCCACACGGCUGAGAGGGAGUUUGAAGCUGGACACCAGAUAAAUGGAGGCGCCUCCUCGUUCACAAAUCCUCCAACAACAGCUCCGUUCACCAUCUUCCAGGACGACAACGACAAAGAAAACGGCAGUGCUGCUGCUCCCGCUGCAGUGGAGAAGUCUAAACCAAUCAGAGCUCUGGUUGAAAUCCCAGUGUCUAAGCCUGACAGACCUAAUGAGACUCCUCCGGAUCUGAUGCCUGAUGAGAGCACCAUGUGGGGAGCUCGCUACAACUCCCUCAACUCUCUGGCUGCUUGUCCCAACAGCACCACAGACUUCGCCAUGUUGGCCCAGUUUGUCUCCACCCCGUUCACACACAAAACUCCUUUCAACGGAAACUUUUACCAGGACCAAGAGAACAACUGUGAUGGCGGUGAUGCUGAUGACGAUGCUUUUAUCAGACGUCAGCCCAAAAAACUCAGCCCCAUCAUUGAGCAGAGUCCGUCAGAGGAGAAGCUCUCUGAAACAGCCGUCAGUCAGCUCGUCCCUUCCUCUGCGAGACAGGGCACCAUCGUGGGUGAAGGGCUCGCCGCUGGUCAGCACUGCCUGACCACCUCCUCCAUCACCAUGGUGCAGCCCCCUCCUCCGGCUGUGCUCUCCUUCAGAGACCAGACGCUCUGUCCGACCGACUCCUCCGUCCACAGGAGCGCAGGCCCUGGCUGGGAGGUGUACACGAGCCCGGAGCAGCCGUCCAGACAAGCCUCUCUGAUCUCACACAGACCUGAGAGUUCAGUCAGACCCAAAAGCCAAACCUUUAAAAUCAUGGAAGAUGUAGACAGACCCGCCAGUCCAGAACCAGCCCAGAACCCAGCGUCUGAUGUUCCCAUGAGUCCAGAGUGCGCUCUCAGAUCAGACUGGCUGGACAUCAAAAGCCCCGAGGUCAGAGCCGAGCCAGAUCUGGACGCCUUCCUGCGUCUUCCCAACAAGACCCCGGAUGUUCCCAUGAGUCCAGACUGCGCUCUCAAACCGAACUGGCUUGAAAUCAGAAGCCCUGAGGUCUCAGUGGAGCCAGACCUGGACGCCUUCCUGAGUCCCUGUCGACCCAAGACCGCGAACGCCGUUGCCAACAAGACCCUGGAUGUUCCCAUGAGUCCAGAUCAGCCACAGCUCUGUGCCGACGUGCCCAUGAGCCCGAUGCAGCUGCCACAGUUCAGCGCCAGGGAUGAACCCAUGAUGAGUCCAGACAGAGGGCCGACGUCCAGCGCUGACAUGUCCAUGAACACAACAGCGAGGACAGGAGCGGUCCAGCUGGUGCCAGAUCCCUGGGAUAAUGAACUGAUCUCUGAUCUGCUGUCAGCACUCACCCCGCCUCUCACCUCUCACCCCCGCUGCAUCACCUGGCCGUGCAACGUACCCAGCAUCACCCCAAAGAUGACCAUCAGCAUGGGAAAGGCGUCGCUGCGAGUCGACAGCAUCCUCGGUAAAGGAGCUUUUGCAACGGUCUACCAGGCUACUGACCCCAUGACCUCUGAGAGGAUGGUUUUAAAGGUUCAGAAACCAGCCUGUCCCUGGGAGUUUUACAUCAACACUCAGCUGGACGCUCGGCUGCAGCCCAGCGUCCGUCACCUCUACAGCAGCAUCCGCUCAGCUCACCUCUUCCACAACGGCAGCGUGAUGCUCGGGGAGCUUCACGGCCACGGCACUCUGCUGAACGCGGUGAACAUGUAUAAAACCCUGAGCGAUAAGGUGAUGCCUCAGCCUCUGGUCAUGUACUUCACCGUCUGUAUCCUGCACAUGGUGGAGCAGCUGCACGACAUCCACAUCAUCCACGCCGACAUCAAACCUGACAACUUCCUGCUCGGAGAGAGGUUCUUGGAGAACAAGUGUUUUGAUUCGGAGAACGUGGACCACGGCCUCGUCCUCAUCGACCUGGGACAGAGCAUCGACAUGGAGCUCUUCCCAGGAGGCACUGCUUUCACCGCCAAGUGUUUGACGUCGGGCUUCCAGUGUACAGAGAUGCUCAGUGGGAAACCCUGGAACUAUCAGACGGACUACUUUGGAAUAGCAGGGACUGUGUUCUGUAUGCUGUUUGGGACGUACAUGCGAGUCACAAAUGAAGGUGGUGUGUGGAAGACAAACGCUGUGUUUAGAAGGAACCCCCACAGCGACUUGUGGCUGGAGUUCUUCCACACGCUGCUGAACGUGCCGGACUGCGGCUCGCUGCCGAGCCUGCGGAGCCUCCGCUGCAAACUGACGUCCGUCCUGCAGCAGAACUACAGCAGCAAACUGCCCUCGCUCAAGAGCCGCCUGGUGGUUCUGCUGCUGGAGAGCCGCAGGAGAUGACGCCGCCGACCGAGAGACACGUCUCCUUCACUCCUCUGUUUAUUUCCGCCUCAUUCCUCUUCUACAAACCAGGAACAAACACCUGAAACUUUGGAACUGGUUCACACUGAUGCACAGCAAACAGUCAAAUUUUAGAAUUUCAAAAGUUUGAAAGGUGAGAAGUCACUGGAGGAUUUGAGCGACUGAUUUAGUUUUCACUGAAUUUGUACAUAUAAAAAAUGUAAUUAUUGUUUAGUUGAUAACUUCUGGGAGUGUUCUUCAUUUUUCUUAAAAGAAUAAAGGUUGCAUUGAAGUGCAGUAGAUAA